CUCGAAGGUCGCUUGUACCAAGUUGAAUAUGCGAUGGAGGCUGUCAGUCAUGCUGGUACCUGCCUAGGCAUUGUAGCUAAAGAUGGAAUUGUUCUGGCUGCGGAAAGGAGAUUUAUAAAUAAGCUUUUGGAUGAAAGCACCUUCUCUGAAAAGAUAUACAAGAUCAAUGACGACAUAGCCUGCGCAGUUGCGGGGAUUACGGCUGAUGCUACUGUACUCAUAAAUGAAAUGAGGCUUAUUGGCCAACGGUAG